GUGACCAGGUGCUCUACAGUGCCCUGGAAACCUGGUGGUCAAAGGCAAAAUGCAGUGGGGGCUUUAAAAACGGGACGGCUGUGGAGCUACCCGGGAGGAAGAACUGUUCAUUAGUGUGGGACUUCAUGGGACAUAAUGCUUUUUCCUUGUGUUCCAUGCAAACAAAACUCACAAAACCUAAAAAUAGUUGCUCUUUAUUUUAUUUAUAAGUUCCAUAGAAGUAAGAAUUUCUAAAUUCACUAUUAUGUUUUUAAUGUCUCUGGGGAGUUGUUCACUAAAAGGAAUCUUCUGUAUUUAGGAACAGAUAAUUCCUGUAUUUAUUUUGGGCUCUGUCCCUGGCGGAUCAGGUACCAUCUAUGGGGGCUGUGUCUGUGAGACGGCACGACAGUUCCCUAGUUCGUGUUUGCUUUGGCAGCAAUGGGAAAAUUGUGAGCUGGGUGUCUCCUGGACUAGCUCCUGGCAUACACCUUGGCUGUCAGCGGCAGCUGUGUGUCCCACCUGCACUGUUACUUUUUCAUCAACUCCCAUUUUUCAGGGAAACUUUAUAUCAGUAUUCUAAGUGUGGAAUCAGUACAGUUCAUGAUAAACAAGUCAUAUGAAAGAUGUUAAAGUUUGUGGUUUGGUGAAGGGCUUUACUUAAGGGGCUUCAGAAACCAUUCUAGUGGUGAGGAAGACACAUUCUCACCAGUCAAUGGCUUCUUUGCAGUCACAAGGAUUGAAAACUAACAGAAAUGGGAAAAGCUUUCUCACGAGGUGAUUCAAUCUUUUUUAAUGCACCAUUAAAAUUAUGUCACUACGCUAGGCACCAAAUACUGUAGCACCAUCUAAUUUUGAAACUGAGGUCAGAAACUAGUAAUCAAGUUAGUAUUUCAUAUCUGCUUUCUUUAGAUGUGGCCAAAUUAAUGAACUCGGUUGUGUUUCCAGGUUAAAGAGGAAAUAAUGGAAAAUAGAAGCUACUCUGAUGCACCAGACAAACUUCCCACCUUCUCCAAUUCUGCCCACUCACCACUGAGCAGGUCCUUCUAUCUGGACCCUAUGGUCCCUUUCCACCUGUGCCCUGAGACCCCGGGGCCAUCCCCUUACUCUGAGGAGCUGCCAUGGCUGCCUUUUCCCGGUGACUCCCUCAUCACGGAUAACUACAGUGAACCCUACCCCUUGCCUUUCCCAAUGCCUUAUCCAAGUUACAGAAGGUGUGACUACUCCUACGGGCCAGCCUUCAUCCGGAAAAGGAAUGAGCGAGAAAGACAGCGGGUCAAGUGUGUCAACGAAGGCUACGCCCAGCUCCGGCUUCACCUGCCAGAGGAGUAUUUGGAGAAGCGACUCAGCAAAGUGGAAACCCUGAGAGCAGCGAUCAAGUACAUCAACCACCUGCAGUCUCUUCUGCACCCUGACAAAGCCAGCACCACGAAUAGCCCAGGCACUGGGUCUUCCAUCGUGGCACCCUCCAGCUGCCAACUGGACCCUAUUUUUAGAAUUGUCUGAUUCAGAAUUUCCAAACAAGAGCAAUUUCACAAAAUGGGGUCUCUCACAACCUCGUUCAAUGGGUUUUUCCCCUAUAUUUUCUGCACGGCAGAUAACAGUCCCGCCACUCACCUGCACCAGGUUAUUUCUUGCCUGGGCUCCAAGUGUACCAAGCAUUAGCUCAUGUAGCCUGGGCAGAUGCUUUUCUUUCUUCUGAGUGCCUGUAGGGAGCUGGUGCCCCGGGGCUCUCUGGCCUUGGACCAAGCCCUGGACAAGGCUCCCACCACAGCAGUGCAUUCUGACACAUGACCACUCCCAGGCUGGUUGGGCUCCUUGCAGACACUUGAUGUGAAACACUCACAGUGAAUCUCCCUUGAUGCUUCUGUUUGGUGGCUUUUACUUAUUUGGGUC